AUGGCAUCCAUUUUCUCUUGUUUAUGUAGCGGAGGGUUCGAAAGGGAUCGAAGUAUAAGGGGCGAUUGGAGCUUUCCUCAUUCACCUCCGAUAGAUCCUGAUCUAUCUGAUGUUGAAGAAGAUGAUGAAUAUUAUACGUAUCCCCAAAAAAAUGCAACAAAUACAGUUGCUUUAGGAGGGUCCACCACUAAAGUCGUCUAUACAAAUGAUGAUGAGGGUGGUGGUGAUAGUGGUAUAUACAUUAGUGACGAGGGUAUUUAUUAUGAGAGUGGUGAGAAUAACUCCGUUAAUGAUAGUGUUAACGGCAUUUAUAGUACACCAACGGGUGAUGGUGGCUAUGAGUAUGAUGAUGGUGGGUACGAUGGUGGUGAUGGAUAUGCUAGUGGUGACGGAGAAGAAGAAGGUGGCGGAGAUGAUGAUGACAAUAGCUACAAUGGCGGUGGUGGUUAUGAGAUUGCAUGA